CACGCACACAGCCCAUUUCAAGUUUGAACCACAUUCCUUCCACUAUUCGAUUUAGCAGGUCUUGUCGAAACUACGUGUCUCUCUUUGUUCUAUCUGUCUUUAUCCUUGCGUGUUUGUAUUGUCGUCUGCUAUCCGAGACUAGUAUAAAGGCGUUUGCAGUCUGAAUUACAUUCAUUUCGCUUGUAAUCAUGCCCCGAGGCCCACGUCGUCCACCUCCUUCUGCUCUCCGUCUCGUGCAGGGUCCUCUCCCACCACGCGCCACUCCAAAGCACAUCCUCCCUUCCUUUCCUUGUCCCGCUUUCCAACCAGAGGCUGCCCUCCCUCAUGGGCCUAUGCCCCAAUCCCGGACACGCCGCGCAGAUCCAGCGCGGCUUACGUUCCCUGACCUGCCACCUCUGGAUGUAGAGUUUGCAAAUACUCAUAGCAGGUCCGGAUCAUCUACUCCAACAUCAUCGCCCACAUCGGGGCAGCGCAUGCGUGGCCCCUGGAAUCACUCGAGUUGUAUUAGCGUGCAGUUGGACAUCAACAGUCUAAUUGCGCUACCAGAGCCUGUGGCAUUCUGUCAAUAGCUCGUGGUAUUUGUGUGGAAGAGCUGUAUGAUAGGGUUGGAUAUCGGUUUCUACAGCUGGGCUGAGUGGUAUUUUACUGUUUUCUUAUGAGACUGGUGCUCAAGAUCAUUUGUGGCUAUGUAUAUGUAAAUGCAAAGAUGCUCGAUGCUCGAUGCAUAUAUUGUGUACAUCUUGAGUCUGAACCUCAGUUGAUCUAGAUUGUUCGGU